AUUCCCCUGAAAAACUUUAAACUUGUAGUUUGUAGUUCUGUGAGGAGGGAGUUACACAUGUUGAUGGCCCAAACAGAAAAAGCCAAACCAUGGUUUUAUAAAAAGGAACCACACAAGAAAAUUCAGAUCUGCAGAGAUCAGGAGAAUCUGACUCUUUACUCUGUGCGAGUAUUUUAUUUUCCACGCCUUUAAUAAACGUCCUGCGCCUGUUUGUCCAACAGAUGGAGCUGUUGCGUUAAAGCCUCCCACUCAGCUGUACAGUAGAAUCAUUUUGCAUGACUCGUGAGGACUCACUAUAGUAUCCACGUAAAAGAAAACAGCACCGGGAAUAGAGCAACAAUAGGACUGUAACAGCCCAGCUUCUGUCUCUGAGCCUGUCAGAGUCUGAAGAAUGGAUCCUUAUCAGCCCCAGAGAAACCACCAGAACCCCAGGAGAUACACUCACCUGAGAGAAAACACAACAAAUAUGUCUGAAAAUGAUCAAACAGCUGAUAAUAAUAAUCCGGACAGACAGGCAGCUGACAGCGGGAACCCACAGGCCACAGACAGACGGCCUCAGUACUCAGGUGGAUACACCGUGAUCCCACCGAAUGAAGCUCGGCGAAACAAGAUGAAAACAAUGGCUCAAAAAGAAGAGGAGGAGCAUCAGAGAUGGAAGGAGACACACAGAGUCACUUCUGUGAACGAGAAUCCAGAGAGGCUGGGUGGCACUGUAACACUGGCUGAAGCCAGACAGAAACAAUUUGCAGACUUGCGUUGCUCGAAACUGCAGAAGAAGUUGAAAAAAGAAGAGAUGGACAGGAGGAGGAGACAAGAAGAGGAGGCGGAGCAACAGAAGAAGAGAGCCGAACAGAGGGAGAAGGCUGAGCGGCUGGAGGAGAGAAAGCGACAGGAGGAGCAGAGGAGGAGGGAGCAGCACAGGGGGGAUCACCUCAGGGUGAAUGAGAGUUUUCUGCAGAGCUUUGAGAGGCAAGCCCCAGGUCCACUGGCAUCCAGCAGUGCCACACACACGUCAUCCAGGAGUGAGGCUGUGGAGAGAAAACAGAGAAGUGAGAAAGAGGUACAACUGGAACACAAGAGGGUGAACUCAGUCUUUCUGGACAAACUUGAGAAUCGAGGCAGAGGGAGUGAGAAAGCGGAAAAGAGGGAAGGCGUUCAGGAGGCAGAAUGUCCCUGUUUGGCCUCUGAAGAUUUAAGACACCAGCCGCCUACAACAACUGGACAACAACUCUCCUUCGAUCACCUGAAACCAGAUCCAGACCAGAGCUGCUCUGGCUGGACAGAGGAAGCUGACUCGGAGCCUGACUAUGACUGGGCCUUGAUGAAACUGAUGAACAGCUUUCCAGAAUGCAGCAAAGUCUUCCUAGAGGACAUCCUCAUCCAGUGCAACGGCGACUACGAGCAGGCCUGCACACUGCUGAUGAGCGUGCUCAGUUGAAUUUCAUGGACGACUGCCUUGUCUUAAUAUUAUGUUGUUUCAAAUAAAAUGUGCAACUAGUGUUGAGAUGUUAAAGAAUUGCUAGAAAUCAGGUAACUACCUUGGUGGUGAAUGAAAGCAGCUGCAUUAAAUAUAUACCUACAGAGCAGUAUGUGCUGCUUGUAAUGUGUUUUGGAUUAUACUAUUAAUCAUUGA